AUGGCGGAGGAACCAGGGGAGACACCAGCGAAGGAAGCAGAAACUUCAGCUGACUUUGGAAACAGCUCGUCGAGUUCAUCGGAAGACGAGACACAGGAACCCGACACAGUGGAGGCGACCCGGAACAAGAAAAGCGCUGAGGACAAACAGGCAGGGCCCAGUUGUGAUAAAGGUCAACCUGGUGAAGAAGCGGGGCCCGUGACAGCGUCAAGUUCCAGGGAGGCCCACUCAGCCACUGGGCCUUGGGAUCCUGACAGAGUCAAAAGAGCCCUUGAAAAGAGUAAAAACUUUGAUGAAUUCAGAAAGAAUAGACCAUUCAGGUACCUCCAUCUCUUUUCAGGUGAAAGAGAUCAGCUUUCCAUCUCACUGAAGAAAGCAGCUGAGAAAACCAGGCUUGAAAUCUACGUCGACAGCCUGGACCGGAAGAAAGACAAGGAGAUCAACUUGGCCGCACCCGCAACUUACGACGAGAUCGACAAGUCAGUGGAAGAAGGAGAUUGGGAUGGUUACCACAGCGGGUUUCCUUGCGGAUCCUUUUCGAGAGUUCAGUGGCGAGACACAGAUCACGGCCCAGGCCCAGUCAGGAGUGCAGCCCACAUUUAUGGACUUCCUGGCAACACGGUGCAACAACAACGUGAAGCCGAUGAAAGAACAUUGAUGGCUACGAGAGCGGCAUGGUUGCACAGAAAACAAAUCGACAGCUUCAGGAGGAGAGCGUUGCCAGAAACUUCAACCAUGGAGAAUCCACCAGGUGCCGUCAACACUGGAUCAGCUUGGGACUUGCCCGAAUUGAAGCAGGUGCUAGACGAGACAAACUCUUCGGUGGCGGAGUUCAACACCUGUGCAUACCAGUCACAACAGAAAAGGCGAUGGUAUAAGCCAGCUAAGUGGGCAGGGAACCUUGAAUCACUGGCCACAUUAGCAAAGGUGUGCCGAUGUCCCGAAUGGGUCACGCAUGUCCCGCUGAUUGGAAAAUCGGCCACAGAGGCGGCAGGGGCUUAUCCUGAAGCACUAGCUGAUGCCGUUGCAGCCAAGGAGUGGCUCAGGUAUCAGAUGAGCGUCAAGUCAAGCGAGGUAAACGAACUCCAGAUGAAGUGGCUGGACAACGAAGACGAAAGAAGGAAACACAUCUAUGAAGAGACAAAGCCCAUCAUCGCAGACAGCAUCACACAGGAAAAGAAGAGGAAGGUGCCAUCGAAAGCAAAUGCUGAGGAGGAGCUGGUGACGGCAUCAUCGUCAGUGGGCCCCACAAAGAAAAGAACCAGAGAGGAGCAGAAUGACUUCGCAAUUGGAAGCAUGAGAAACCCAGCCAUGUCGGUUGCCCGGCUUCAUCAAGUCAAGAAGGUGGGAGAACAGAUAGACCAAGCAUGGAGAAACUUUGUGACCGAUUUCCCACAAACCAUAGACCUAGCCAGGGACUAUGGAUCACGCGAGGCAAAGUUCGACGACAAGGUGCUCAGAAACUGGAUUGCAAGGCUGGAAGGUUUGCUUGAGGUAAACGAGCAGGAGGGCAUUACCUUGAAGGACAACACUGAAUUCAGAUCUCCACUGAAUUCCUUUUUGUGGGAUGCCUGGCGCAUGAAGGCUAGAGACCCAGAACAAUAUCUGGGCCAAUGGGCCAGGGAGGGAGUCCCAUUGGGGAUGGACCAACCCAUCCCGGACUCAACCAUCUUCCCGCCUGUCGAGCCCGACGAGGUCCUGGAAGAACGGACAGACAUGCGUGUCCUGUCCAACCUCAAGAACUAUGAGUCAGUGGAGACGCAGAAGCAAGAGGCGGCCAUUGAAAUCGACCGCUAUGUCAAGAAAGGUUUCUGCAAGGUCGUUGCGUUGGAGGAGAUGCACAAGAAGUACCCGACGGGCACAGCAAGUCGACUGGUGUUGAUUGUGAAACAGAAACCUGACGGGUCAACAAAGAGGAGGAUAGUGAUCGACAUGAGAAGAUCACAAGGCAAUGACAGAGCAACCGUGACGGAACGGAUAGUGCUGCCACGACCCCAAGACGUGGUCAAUCAAUUGCGGGUGAUGCGCAAGAGAGAGACAGAGUUGCCGGGCGUGGAGUCACAGAGAUCAGCAUUGAAGACGUCGUCAAGGUUUGCAAACUCAGAGGUCGAAUUCGUGCUCAUCGACCUACAGGAUGCUUUCUGUCAUUUUGGAUUGCACCCAACGGAACUGAAACAUGCAGUGAACCCAGGUUUAGAAAAUUGGACAGGCAUAGUUUGGUGCGCAAUGCUCUUCGGCUUCAAAAGGGCGCCCUUGAUCAUGGGAAGGUUGAGUGCAGCCAUCGGGAGGCUGUUGCAAAGCAUGUUCCAUCCAGCAUCGGGUCAGGUCCAGAUCUACAUAGGUGACGUUCUGCUGACCAUCAGAGGGCCUGAAGAGGAACGGAAUCUGCAAGUGUCGAAGGUUCUGUACCUGCUGGCAGCCUUCGGAGUGCAGGUGGCCACCCACAAAGGCGAGAGGGGUCGCAGGGUGCAGUGGAUAGGCACCACCAUGGAACUGACCUCACAUCACAUCCUGAUUGGAACACCGCCCAAGAUGAUAGAAGAGAUAAAGACCACCAUGGCGAACUGGGAUGACAAAAGGAUGGUUCCAAUCAAGGAGCCGCGAUCUUUCGCCGGACGCCUUUCAUGGGUAGCCGGCAUAGUACCGAGGCUGAGAUGGACGGUGACAUCAGUCUAUGCCGUCCUCACCGCAGCAAUCAAAGAGGAGGCAACGGAGAAGCAGAGAGCACAGAAGCGACAAGGAGACAGACGACCCAAAAUGGGCCUAGUAGCUGUGAAGCGUCUGGGCACCGUCAUCCCCUGGCUCAAAGCGGUCUUCGAGGUAUCGGACAUCAUGUUCAUCCGCAAAGAGAAAUUGAUCGAACAAGAGGCAUACGAAGCACUUCUGCAAAAGCAUCAUGCAGAAGCGCUGGACAUUGAAUAUGGAGAAGCAUCAGGACAAGCGGUGCUUGAAGGCUUGGCCAUUCUGAGAGCGGUUCAACUAUGGGCGCCUAAGUUCCAGGGCAAAGUGCUGGUCACCAGGUCUGACAGUGCAGUCGCGCUGGCAAUGUCCAGCAAACUGGCUUCCCCAAAUAGGAUCCUGAACUAUUUGGCGGCAGAGCUAGCAUUGGCACUGGAGAAAGCAGAAGUGCCGAAGCUGAUCCCGCAGCACAUACCGGGAUCCCUCAACAAAGAAGCAGACUGGCUGUCACGGCCUCAUCAAAGAGGCGAGGUUCCACAGGUGCUCAAGACCAUCAAAGUUCGACGCACGACAGCUUUGGCAGACAAAGGAAUGGGCUCCAAACCGCCAGGAGUCGAGGGCAGUCCUUGGAAAGUAGCAACGGUGCAGCAGUCAUUAGUGGUGGGACAGAAGGGACCACCGGGCAUUCCGUCGGCGAUAUGGCUGAUCCUGGGCACCGUUUUCCUGGCUGGAAUGCUCUGUCAAGCAUGUGUGCCGCGGCUAUGCCAGGGAGGAAUGAAAAUAGGCGGCCAAAUUUACGAUAUGGUAUGCAAGGCUUACCACUUCAUCGAAUUGCAGGUGUUCGUCCCCCGAUGGAACCUACUUACAACACAGAAAGAACGUCAGAAAGCAGACAACGCCAAAACAUGGGACUCCUACACGUACCGAGCUAAAGCCCCAAGACUACCUCAGUUUGACAGAGAUGCGAGCUCCAGAACAAGAGCGGGGAUCAAGUCGAUCGAGCAAUUCGAUAUGGGGCCCAGACGUGACAACGAGAAAGCAAUCGGAGGCGUCAAGAAUGCAAGAGGCGCACAUGAGAACAAACCCAUCAGGGGGAAGCGGAAAAUCAGUCCUGAACGCAAUGAUAGCAGCGGCAAGCCCCAGAAAGCUUUGAGCGAGGAAAAGAUCCCCCAGAAAGCUUUGAGCGAGGAAAAGAUCCCCAUCAAGGACAUCGGAAAGAUGACACGAAACAGAGGGUGGGUUAGCAGGAUAAAGAGGAGCUUCAUCGAAAAGUUCUACUCGAAGUCCACCUUAGCCACCAAGAACACAAAGCGCAAAAAGAUUACGGAGAUUUUGAAAAACAUGGAAGAAGGCCAUCCCCGGAUCACAAGAAGUCCAAGCAAGAAAAAAAACAACGAGAAUAAAAGGAAAAAAGGCAGACAAGAAAACCGCGAAAAAUGA